CAACGUCACUUUAGUCACUGCCAUUCAUAACAAUAAACUUGAAAGAAACGCGCGGGGAGCAAUCAUUUAUGAAACUCUCACUGCUCAUCAACAUCUCAUUGUGACCCAAACACGAUGACGAAUUCUGGAGGUCGAAGACUAAAGCAGUGGCUGAUUGAGCAGAUCCAGAGUGGACAGUACUGUGGGCUCCUGUGGGAGGAUGGAAGCCGAAUCAUGUUCCGAAUUCCAUGGAAACACGCGGGGAAACAGGAUUACAACCAAGAAGUAGACGCAUCCAUUUUUAAGGCAUGGGCUGUGUUUAAAGGCAAAUUUAAGGAAGGCGACAAAGCAGAACCUGCAACUUGGAAGACCAGACUGCGCUGUGCGCUCAAUAAAAGUCCUGACUUUGAAGAGGUGACGGAAAGGUCUCAGCUGGACAUCUCGGAGCCUUAUAAAGUCUACCGAAUCGUACCUGAGGACGAGCAGAAAAAUGGAAGAAGCUCCGCGAUGGCUGCUUCCAACAGCUCUGGCGAAAUGACCGACAUGGACUGCAGCCCCACAGACACAGAUUGCAUCAUUAAAGAGGAAGACGGCUGCAGAAUCCAGGCCAGUCCCGAGUACUGGCCGCAGACUAGUGUCAGUGCCUUCUCACUGCAUCAGGACCAUUUACCAACUGGCACUCUUAGUUCAGCUUUCUCCCAAAUGAUGAUCUAUUUCUACUACGGAGGAAAGCUGAUGGAGAACGUAUUGGUGACUCACCCGGAGGGCUGCCGCAUCUCCCCGGCCCAGCAGCACCUGGGACGCGGCACCCCCUACAGCUCGGACAGCAUGCAGAGCGUUUACUUCCCCUCGGCUGAACUCAUCGAGUUCGAACGGCAGCGCCACGUCACCCAAAAGCUCCUGGGCCACUUGGAGCGAGGGCUUCUGCUGCGUGCCAACCAGGAGGGCAUUUUCAUCAAGAGGCUGUGCCAGAGCAGAGUCUUUUGGAGCGGGCUGGCCGACGCGGGCUCGCAUUAUGGCCCUGUGCCUUGUAAGCUGGAGAGGGAUGCGGUGGUGAAGAUUUUUGACACCGGGAAGUUCCUUCAUGCGCUGCAGCUGCACCAGGAAGGUCAGCUGCCAGCACCCGAUCCAAAUGUGACUUUGUGUUUUGGAGAAGAGCUUCAUGAUCUCAGCAUGGCCAAGAAUAAGCGGAUAAUCGUGCAGAUCACGAUGGUGAAGUGUCAGCAGCUGCUGGAGGCGAUGAAUUUGCGCCGCUCGCAGCCAUACUGCACCAACAUGGAGCUGUGCGAUGACAUCUCAGCAGAACAGAUGGCCAACAUCUAUCAGGAUUUGUGCAGCUACAGUGGUCCGCAGAGGUCCGCCUGCUACACGGACAACAUGCCCAUCACCGCCUGAGGGUGUGCCAAGAGUGCGCAUGUAACUUUUUAGGAGCCCUCUUUGUUUUGGAUCAUAUUCUCAGUCUGAACUUUCUUCUCAAUGCCAAGAAUGUCCAUAGUUUCACAUGUUUUUGCUUUUUGUGUUCUAUACAAGAAGGGUCCUGAAAAACCUAUGCCACUGGUCUGCAAUACGAUUAAAGAAGAACAUUAUUAGAAUCUAACGUAUCAAAUUGAUAUGUUAUUUGCAAAGGUGUAGCUAACGAUUCGAUGCACCUUUGCAAUCCAGUGAGAUACAAUACAAAAGCUGAACUUUGUUUUUAACUUAACUUUUAUUUCUGGAGCACUUAAAAAAAAAAACAACUGAAAGAAAGUGAUGUACAUGAAAGAAAAAAGCAAAUAUAAAACACACAAUAAUAAACUAUUUCUUUUCAAUAAGCUUGUAAUCUUUAAAAACAUAAAACCAGUUGAUGACUUUGAAACAUUCCGGAGGCUCCUCCUCUGUUGCUUGAGAUCAAACUGUCACAAGCCAUUUGAUUGUCAAGAAGUCAUUCUGAUGACAAUAUGCUUGGAGUUUGAUGUGGAACUGCCCGUCAUAAUACUAAGAUGUAUAUUAAUGUUUCUUUUCGAGCUUUUCAUUUUCUCCAGAAAUCUGAUGACAUUGUUUUUGAGGGGCUCUCACACUCACUCACACACACACACCCACACACACACACACACACACACACACACACACGCACAUGGACGUGAUCUUUACGGAAUGAAGAAAUUUGUGUGGAGAUGUGACGUGAAGAUGCUGUGCACUGAAUGUAAAUAGGAAAUUUCUUGACUGACCAAAUUUCAGCUUUUUUGGGGGGGGCGGGGGGUUCUAAUUUUAUUUCUGUGAUUUGGGCAUGGAGUGGCAUAUUAGAGAUAGGUUUUACUAUCAUCAUGUCUUGUACCAUUUUUAUGAUGACAUUUUUAUUAAAAUCAUAUUUUCAAU